CUCUCUGUCGUGUGUGUGUGUGUGUGUGUGAGAGAGAGAGAGAGUAGUUGGGGUUGGGAUAGAUAUCCUAUUUGAAGGAGAAGAAGGGGUUUGGACAGGCAACAAAUCAGUGUCAAUAGCUGUAAGGAAAGGGCAGAAAAAACACAGCCAUUAAAGCUGUGAAGACACUGCACAGUUCUCAACUUUAUUCACCAAAUCUUUUCGAAUCAAGGCAUAUAUAUGAUGAUGCAUGGCUUCUCUUGUGUUCCCAUAUCCUCCUCCCCUUCACCAGAAUAGAUCUUCCUUUGGCACUACAAACUCCAUUUGUGUGUUGGUCUGAGAGGCUGAAGCUGCCAGCAUGAUCUGCUUUCCAUGUUUUUUAAAUAUUUAAUCCAUUCCCUUUUCGACUUCUUGGAUUAAUUUUCGAAAAAUUGGGCGCAUCAGGUCAUUCUAGCAGCUUCAAUCACUCACCAACAACACCGCCCGGAUUCUAUACCCUCCAUGGAUUAAUUGCUCAUCUCCACGACGUGGACGUACCGGCGGUCAUAUAAAAUGACGUCGUUUUGUCAAUCUUUUUUAAAUAAAAAAAUUAAAAAAAAAAAGAAAAAAGAAAAAGAAAAAAAAGCACACAUCAGACAUUCUGCUCUCUCUCUCUCUACACACAGAGGCGCCACCCCCUUCUUCCUCACCGGCGUUGCCGGCGUCAUCGCCUCUCCCUUCUCUCGCCUCUCACCCUUCCUUUGUAACACAUACACACAUCACACAAAUCCAGUGGUAGAUUCAAAGAUUCUACGAUCCAGAUUUAAGGGAAAGAGGUGGUAGUGGGCUAGGGUUUCAGGCGAUGAUAGGGGCGGUGAAGAUUACAGGCUGCAGAAUUGUUCUUGCAGUGAUUGAGGUUUUGUUUCUUGAUUUGGAGGAGGAGAGAAGAGCGGCGCUGCGAGUCUGUGACGGCGUAGGGGCCGGCGCAGGUGGCGAAGAAGUAAUUGACAUGUUGGAUCGGGGAGAAUUUGGGUCUAGAUCUGGGGCCAUCUUUGGAACUGGGUUUGAUUUUUUCUUGGAGAUUACGGGCUACAGAAUUGUUCUGGAAGCGAUUGAGGUUUUGGUUCUUGAUUUAGAGGACAAGAGACGAGCGGCGCGACGAGUUUGUGACGGCGUAAGGGCCGACGCAGGUGGCGACGGUUUGGAGGAGCUCCGGCGGGAGGAGGAUGAAGGGGAGGGUUUGAAGAGGAACAGAGGAGAAGAAGAAUUUUAUAGAGGAGAAGAAGAAUUAAUUAAAGAGAAACACAGGGGCGGAGGGAGAGGGCAUGGAACGGCGGCCAAUCGCCGGCUCUUGGCAGUGGCGACGGUUAUUCUACAGACAGAGAAGGAGAUUUGGGCGAGAUUUGGAAGAGAGCAACAACAGCGAGAUUUUGAGAAGCAACGUCAGCAUUUAAGGCCACUUUUUAAACAUUAAAUGCCACGUGUAUUGCUAGAUCAUUAAAUAAUGCCACGCGUAUUGCCAGAUCAUUAAAUAAUAGUCCACGUCGUUGCCGAUCAACUUUAAUCAUAGCCGGAAUUCUCGCCGUAUGCAAAUUGCAAUUAAAUCAAAAGUUUAUGUAUUAUUGAGCUAUUUUUUAAGGUCAUGUACAAAAUACAAAUUUGGUGAAACUACGUGUAUUUUUUGGCCAUUAACCCUUCUUUUUAUUCAAUAACUUUCUAUUGUCAGAA